CCAUUUUAUCGUCUUCUGCCAUUGGUGACAGGCCAAAGCUCGUACACACAUGCGAUUUGAGAAAGGCUGAAAAGGAGGGAGAGGAGGAGGUAGCAAGAAAAUUUUGUUAAUACAAGCACCGGAAAUUGGAAUGGGUCGGUCUCUUGUCUUCUCCACCAACUGUCCUCUCAGAUUUUCUCCACGACCCAGAUUGAUUCCACCUCUGAACCCCCCAACUCAGUAUGGAGUUCAGAUAGUUAGUGGCGAUUCUCAACGUGGGUAUCAAAGAAUUCAGUUUUUCAACACCAAAUCCAGUAAGAAACUAUGCAUGAGAGCUGCAUUAUCAGAUGUCUCCAAUCAGAAAAAGUUCCCAAAAGUGGGUGCCCAAGUAACUGGACCAAUUCCUCCAACUCAGCUCCUUCAAGUUGUUGAGACUGCUGCUAAAACUGGCGCUGAGGUCGUGAUGGAUGCUGUUAAUAAGCCUCGAAAUAUCACAUAUAAAGGACUGACUGACUUAGUAACUGACACAGAUAAAAUGAGUGAGACUGCUAUUUUAGACAUAGUGAGAAAGAACUUUGGAGAUCACCUCAUCCUUGGGGAAGAAGGAGGAGUUAUAGGUGAUUCGUCAUCUGAUUAUCUCUGGUGCAUUGAUCCUCUAGGAUCUUCUAGCUGCACCACCUUCUGCUUAGCUGUCCAGUCAGCUGUUUUAGCUGUGCCUACCGUCCUGCGUGCCUGUUCCAGUCAAAAGCCAGCUGUGCCGCCAACUAGUGCAGCUGUCAGGAGAAGAGCCUGGGAGUGAUCAAAUGAGCAUCAUACUGGACCCUUAACUGGGAGUUGUUAGUCUUCCAAAUAUUGCUAGAAUCCAUCCUAACUUAUGUCUACAUCCCAGCUGGAGAAGAAGGGAUCCGACCUGGUCAUUUCGAAUUUCAAAAUUCAAAUUGGGGACCAUUUUCCUGUGUUAGGCGGAGGAAAUUCCAUAUCCAUCUCACCCAAGCCCACUCCGAAAAAGCCCAAAUUCACUCGGGCUGAAAAAGGUAAAUGGAUUGAUCAUGUGGGGGCGAGUAAGGAAACCUGGAAGAUACUUGGGGCCAAGGCUAGAAGUCCAAAAUUCAAAACAAGACGCCCGAAAGUUAAAUGGAGGCCCAAAAAAGUCAACUCGACACAAGAUAUUAACCCUAAAUUGCUAAAAAACACUGAGUCGGGCAUUUCUUCAGAAAAAAACUUCCGCUCUGCCUUCGGACUUGUGCCCUAAAAGAGGAGAUAUUGAAGAUAUGGUCGUGCUUUGUUUCGAGAAGAGGUAUGUAGACACUGUCCCUCACUAUGAAAUCACACUAAAUAUGAAAUUUCUCAAUGAAGUUGCUCUUCCGUCUCUUGGGUUCACUCAAUCUCUCGAGGUGUUGACUCCGAUUUCUUGAGUCUGAAAACCCAUUUGCAUUGGCUAUCAAUGAUGAGUCUGUUUCAUCCCCUUUGCCGAUCUCUAAAGAAAUGGAGUGGUUAAGCAGCCUUCUAAUGUGCCUGCUGAGUGGAGUUGCCCAGAUAUACUCCUCUUGCGUAAUUCAGAAUAUCAAAGGUAUUAACCAACUGUUCGGUGUCUCUUAUAAGGGGUUUGAAGACAGAGCAUUAGCACUGUUUGCUGAGUGGGAUAAAAGAAAUGGUAAGAAGGAUGCUACUAGUCUACAGACGAAUAAGGGAAAGAAGAAACAAUAAGAAGUGGGGCUAAAGGAACUGAAGCGACUUCAAUGUUUAGUAAAACUAUGACAGGAAGGAAAGAAAUGCAGGGGACUACUUCAGAGAAUACAACAGUGUCUCAAUGAUGGGAAAAACCAUAUCUUAGAAAGUAAAGGGUCUCAAUGAUCCAAAUAAAAGAAACAUUAUAAGAGGUUGUCUGUCUAGAUGGAAACCAACGAUGGUAUGCUUCCAAGAAACCGAAAUCCAGGAGGUCAGUGAGAAAAUCAUUAAAAGUUUGUGGAAUUUGAAUUCAAUUGGAUGGUUUUCCAGUACGGCUUGGGGAAAUGCUGGGGGCAUUCUGGUUAUGUGGAAUAAAGACAUGGAUUGGCUUUCGGGGGAAACUACUGCUUCCUGUUUAUUCAAUAGCUCUUUAAACGGUUUUGAAUGGUUCUUCACAGGCGUGUACUGUAGAGAUAACAAUGCUGAGAGGACAACUCUUUGGGAAUAAAUUUCUGCUUGUAUGCACAGAUGGGGUAAUAACAGGGUGAUUAGUGGAGAUUUCAACAUGACUCUGAAAAGAUGCAAGAGGUCCAACAAUCAAUUCUUUGUUUAUGAAGCUAGAGAGUUUCAAUCCUUUAUUGAUAUCUAUGGUCUGGUUGAUUUUUCUCUGAAAGGUGAGAAUUGGACAUGGAGCAAUGACAGAGGAACUCCUUACUCAAGUAUCGAUAGAUUUCUUGUCAAUCAUGAUCUUCUCCUAGACACGCCGAGUCUCACUCAAAAGGUACUCAUUAGAUCUCUUUUUAAUCACUUCGCUAUUGUUCUUGAUCCUGGGGGUAUCAAAUGGGGUCUUUCACCAUUUAGAAUUGACAAUAAAUGGUAUAAAAUUGGUAGUUUGAAGACCAUGGUUGAAUCUGUGGAAAAAUUCAAGCUAUAGAGGUCCUCCUAACUAUUGCCUUGCCAACAAGUUCAAAAUUUGAAAGAAAAAAUUAAAAUGUGGGCUAAGAAAGUGGAAAGGGCCUAGGAAAUUCAUAUCAGUGAGCUUAUGAAUGAACUCGAUAUCUUGGAAAAGAAAGAUGGUGAAUCGGGUUUGUCUCUUACUAAUAGAGAAAGGAAAAACAAUUUAAAUUAGAGUUAGCAACCAAACUCAAUUUGGAAAUCGUAUCUUGGAAACAAAAAGUUAGAGAAAAAUGACUUAAAGAGGAUGGCAAACAUACCCAAUAUUUUCACUGCCUUGCCAAUUAUCGUAGAAACAUUAAUUAUGUAGAAGAACUUUUUAUUGGCAACUCCAGAGUUGAAGCCAACACAGAAAUGAGAGACAGUGCAUGCAAAUAUUUUCAAAAUAUGUUUAUAGAAGAAUGUUCUAGGAGACCGAAACUAGAUAAUCAUCACUUUAACAACUUAGAUGAUUUAGCCAUUUCCCAAUUGGAAGUCGAAUUUACUGAAACCGAGGUGACAAAACCCCGGGUCCAGACGGAUUUAACAUGAAAUUCUUUCAUUUGUUUUGGGGUGUGGUAAAAGAUGAUGUUAUGGAGUUCUUCAUGGAUUUUCAUAAGAAUUUCUCGUUUUUCAAAUUAAUAAAUUCUACCUUUAUGGUUUUGAUUCCAAAAAAAGAAAAAUACAUCAAACAUUAAAGACUUCCACCCUAUUAGUUUGGUUGGCUGUGUCUAUAAACUUCUCUCUAAAGUGUUGGCUAAUAGAUUGUCUAAAAUUAUUGGAUCCAUCAUUGGAGAAAACCAAUAAGCUUUUGUUUAUGGAUGUUAAAUUUCUGAUGC